GGGAAAUAACUCAGUUCAUUUUCUAAGAUCGGGUGGAAUUUUGGCAAAGAACAGACGUAAAGUUAGUUGAGAUGGCUUUCCUAGAAACUGACACACUUGGCCAAGAAAGAUUUUCUCUGCUAUUAUUAGAGCCUGGUGAAAUAUAUUUUGAAGAUUUUAGUGUCUAUUAUUAUCCAGUUGGAUUGCCUGAAGCUGAAGCGAUUAAAAAAAAACAACGAGGACAUUUAAAGAUUUGUUCAAAGUCCAUUGUUUUUGUACCAAAAGAGAUUCAUUUACCAAUAAUUAAGUUUCCCAUGAAAUAUGUUACUCUUAUUGAAGAAUGGUCUGGUGGCCUUUUCUCAAGACUUGAUGCCAAAGAUAAAGUAUUGAAGAUUGAAUCAGAACAGAUGAUAGAAAUGAAAGAAAAGAAUAUUAUAGCACCUUUUGUGUUUAGGAAGGAAAAAGCAGAAUAUAUAUUUUCUCUCAACUAUGCUACACUAGAAGAUACAUUACCACAGAUGUGUCAAUUACAAAGGGCUUCCACACUACCCAAGUCAGAUCAGUCAGCUAUGAUAAAUGCUAUUGUUCUUUCUAGACAAUCUAGAGUAAAAUUUAACACUAGUUGGUUAGAAGAUUUGUAUGAAAGAAUAGUUCUGGAAUCAAGAGGGGAUCGGAUCACUCCAUUAUCAACUAAUCCCGGUAGAAUUAUGUUAACAUCAUCAAGGCUCUACUUCCAACCAUUUAAUAAUAUAGACAGGUGGCCUGUAUUAAAGAUCAGAUUAAAAGAUAUAACACGAGUUAUUAGACGAAGAUUUCUUCUUAGACAGUUGGGUUUAGAGAUAUAUUGUAAUGAUAAAGCUCAGUUAGCACACCUGUAUCUCUCCUUUAAAACAGAAGAAGAUAGAAAUGAUUUAUAUGAAAAAAUGCUGUUAAUACCAGAUUUAGAAUUAGAAGAUUGGGGACAAGAAGACAUGGCCUUAAAAUGGCAGAGUGGUCAUAUCUCUAAUUAUGAUUAUCUUCUUUAUUUAAAUAGUAUGGCUGAUAGAAGUUUUAAUGAUUUAACACAAUAUCCUGUUAUGCCAUGGGUUAUAUCUGAUUAUACCAGUUCUACUCUAGAUCUUAACAAUACUUCAACAUUUCGAGAUUUAAGUAAACCAAUAGGGGCUCUUAAUUCUGAAAGAUUAGAAAGAAUUCUGGAAAGAUAUGUAGACAUGCCAGAACCUAAGUUUAUGUAUGGUUCUCAUUAUUCUACUCCAGGCUAUGUUUUAUUUUAUUUGGCAAGAAGAGCACCAGAGUAUGUUUUGUGUUUACAGAAUGGCAAAUUUGAUCAUCCUGAUCGAAUGUUUAAUGAUUUACAAGAUACAUGGAAUAAUUGUUUAGUGGGAGCAGCUGAUUUCAAAGAAUUAGUGCCUGAAUUUUAUGAUGGAGAGGGAGAUUUUCUCAAACAUACCAAGGUUGUAAAUUUUGGUUUUCGACAAGAUGGCCGCCCAGUUGAUGAUGUUAAAUUGCCUCCUUGGGCAGACGAUCCGGCUGAUUUUAUCAGUAAAUUAAGACAAGCUUUGGAAUGUGAUUAUGUAUCUCAAAAUCUUCACAACUGGAUUGAUUUAAUAUUUGGCUAUAAACAAAGAGGAUUAGAAGCAGAAAAGGCUAGUAAUUUAUUCUAUUAUUUAACAUAUGAAGGUGCUAUAGACAUUGACAGUUAUAAAGAUUUUAAUGAAAGAUCUAGCAUGGAAACGCAGAUCAUGGAAUUUGGCCAGACGCCUAAACAGUUGUUCAUGACACCUCAUCCACAUAGGUUUUCAUCUAUGCCUAUACCAAGAUCAGCUAUAUCACAAGAUUGUAAAAAUAAUAAUACAGUUACUACUCAACCAAAAGUCAAUGAUAUGCCUGAAGAACCACCUAUUGAAUUAUCAAAAUCAAUUGUAAAAACAAUGUCAUUAGAAGAUCUUCAAAACAUGGAUAUAUAUUUACAGUACAGUUUACAUAGAGAUUAUUUUUACAGAGCUGUUACUGAUGCCAGAUUAUCGCCAGAUACUCCAAAUAUUUUUUCAGUUUCACAAGAUAAUUUAUUAAAGAUGUACUCAUUAGAAGAUAGAAGACAGCUACGUAGUGUUAAUAUGUCUAGUAUGGCUUUAUCAUCCUGUAUUGUAAUGCCUGAUAAUAAAACUAUAGUAGUAGGAUCAUGGGAUAAUCAUGUGUAUUUUUAUAGUAUAGAAUAUGGAAGAGUAAAAGAAACUUUAUCAGCACAUGAUGAUGCAGUAUCAAGUUUAGCAUGGAAAUCAAAUUUAUUAUAUACAGCUUCCUGGGAUUCUACAAUCAAGAUUUGGGAAUACAUCCAAGAUUCUUCCACAAACACAUUCCAAACUCCAGUAUAUAUGUCUCAACUAGAUCAUGAUUGUGGUGUAACAUGUUUUACAUUAGAUGACCCAGUCAGUUUUUUGGUCUCGGGUACUAUUGAUGGUAGUCUGUGUAUAUGGGAUUUAUCACCAUCUCAUAAUCAUUAUAUGAGUAAUCAAAUUCCAGUUCAUCAAGACAGAAUAAAUGCCAUUCUCAUCAGUCCAGAUAGAAGACGAAUAUUAAGUUGUGGAGCUGAUAAAUUAUUAAAAGUUAUAGACACAGCAACAUGUACAGAAAUAUUCACUAAAGAUAUUCAUUCUGAAUACUUAUGUAUGAAUUGGGUUGGAUCUAUUGCUAUUAUGGGAGAUUCUGUUGGGUUUAUUUAUGUAUGGGAUAUUGAAAAGGCACAGCAAGUACACAGAUGGAAAGCACAUGAAGGUGCUGUAAUGAGUUUAGAUAUAGGACAAGAUAGAUGUAUUUUAACAGGUGGGGCUGAUAAAUCUGUUAAAUUAUGGAAACCAAAUAUAUAAAACAUCAACAUUAUGAUCUAUAUACAGAGGUUUUAUAGGUAGAUAAAAGGUAGUUAUGUAGUAGAGAAGUGAUAAAAAGCUCACAUACUGAUCUUUAAUACUCAUUAAAGGCAGACCAUAACAAUGUUGACAACAAGGAGUGAAAGUAACAAGGAAAUACUCCAAGUUAUUAUAUAUUUUAAUUUGCCACACAAUUCAUUUGAUUCAGUAGGGGUUGGUUGGCCGAAUGGUUAAAGCGUGCAUGUUUCAUCAUAAAGUCUGUCAUUCUCAUUCAGUCAAGUGGGGAUUUGAGUUGAGUCGCCUGUCCAUCCUCAUGGUUUUUCUCCAGGUCCUCCAGUUUCCUCCCACUGCUAAACACCCUUACGUGCAAGCGAAUUAAUGAAAUAAAAUUAAACUAUAUGUUAGUACCGAAAUGACCUAGUUUGUGUCAUGUAGACUUAAAUCCCAUUUCUUUCUCUCGCUCUCUCUCUCUCUCUCUCUCUGAUUCAUUAAGAUAGAGACUCAGUGUUAUUAAGCAUAAAAUAUUUAAUAUAUUGUUAAUGACAUUAUUACUUAUGCAUCUUUUAUUAUCAAGAAAGGUACUUAAAAUGUGUGGACUUAUAUCUGUGGGGUCUAUCUAUCUUGAAAUGAAAUGAAAUGGGAUUUUAUUUCCACCCCCAAUUCCACCGUGCUAAUGAAGACAGUCAUAUACCAUGCAGUGUGCUGUGAUGGAGAUUUUACCCAGAAAGUGGCUGGAUCUGUUUUCCACCCUUCACAGUACAUUUAAAUUAAAAGAGAUCUUAUUUAAGAAAGAAAUAGUUCUUUUUCGUUAGAUAUUGUUCAAAAACAUAUCAAAAGUGCCUAUGAUUAGAAUAUGUUAUACAGAAUAACAUCUGGUAAUUUACUUUAAGUGAAGGAUAUUUUACAACUGCAAAACCAAAUUUGUAUGUUUUGUCCAAAAGUCUGACAUUGAAUUUAUUGUUCCUUAUCCAAGUCAAGAACUAGGACAGCUAUGGUGCCAGUAUUUCUUUAUUUUGUAAUCAUAGAGAAACUAUAUUUAGUACAAUUAAACACAGUCAAUACACAUGUCAUCUGCACCUUGGACCAAUAUACAUCAACCUACUGUGAAGUUAAGUCUAAGUGUUAUUCCUAAAUAACUCAUAGUGAAUAUACAUGUAACUCCUACCCUACUAUAGUAUUAUUUCCCAGUUAUACACAACAAAUAUAUCUACAUGAAUAUUACUUGUUUCUUAUAAUCAAUCUUAUCAGUGCUGUAUAACAUUAUAUGUCUGUCCACUACUGAUUUGAUCAACCUAAGCACACAUGCAGCUGGUUGAAAGCAGUUGAUCCUAGUUGUGUAGUUGACAUAAGCCCUACUGCACAGAAAUAUAUAUAUAUAUAAACUUCUUGGUAGCUAAGGUUCUUUGUGUUCAGAAUGCUACUUUUAAAUCAAACUGAUAGUAAUAACCCCAUAUUGUCUAUAUGCUUGUCUUUUUGUUAUCAAAAGCCUAUGUGAUUUAAAGAAAUGCUAGUGCUUUGGAGAACAUUUUUGAUCUAUUGAGAUUUGGCAAAAUAGAUACAUUAGAUUGUAUAUAAAAUUUGAGGCUAUGGUGAUUUUUAUCUGCAUACUCUUCUGUCCAAUGCUUUUCUCUGAAUAGGGUUUAGAUUUGACAACCAUAUAAUUUGAAAUGAAUUUAAUUACAUUUAAUUUCUAGUUGACAGUGAUUAUGCCUCUUUAAUUACUGUCAACAAGGAGAUGAAGGUCAGAAUUGAUUUGCUCAUAAGUGAAUUUGAAGAAUAUAUUAAUUAAUACUAUUGCCAAAGUUCUUUUUUUCUUUAUAAAUUUGUCCCUUUCAACAUUGUCAAAACAAGUGUAAAAUACUUAUUGUUAUGUUUUUCUUUAUUUGUUAUUCUUUAUUGUUAAGCAUUACUUAUCAAUCAACAUAAUGUACAAUUUAAUAUUAUAAUGUUUGUUAUCAGAGAAAUAUAGGUUAUACAUGUAGUUGAA